CGCUCGUCAAAUUAUUUGUGCCUGCGGUUAUAAAUUGCCUUUUUUUUAAUCGAUUAACCAAGCUUCUUUUCCCAGCGGGUUAGGAAAUGAUCCGAACCAUUGAAGGUGGCUCGCUGUGCAUAUGUUUCGUUUUGAUCCAACAUUCCUAAAGCUCCAGAAAUUGAUCAGAAUGGGAGAAGCCGGUCAAUCCAGAGAGGGAGAAUCUAUCACGCCUCUAGUUGGGGGUAAAACUGGUGACAAUGUGGCUGCACCACAGCUGUUUAAUUCCUUGCCAGCUCUUAAUGAAGCUGCUUCAUAUAUAAACCAAGCAACGUCUUAUUUGGGGAGCUGUUUUUCUGAUUAUUCAGUAGAAUAUGGUGGUAAGGAUUCAUGUAAUGCUAUUUCCCACCCCCAUGAGUUGAUACGAUCGACAUCAGGAGUUGACGGGAAUUCCCCAGUAAGUGUAUGCAUUUCUCCUGGUGAAAGGUGCUCAACUUCUUCAGAGGCAUCUACGUCUACAGCCAACAGCCCAUCAAGGGAAUCUACAGAGACUCUGUCACAGGCAACUAAUGCAAUUGUGACAUCGAAUCGUUUAGGUUUAAACGGUAUUUCUAUAUUUCAAGGGCUCAUUGAACGCGCAAGGAGGACUGUCCGUGGCUCGGCAGAUGACAUAGGAUGGUUACAGCGCGACCCGGAGAUGCCUCCUGUUGAAGAUGGAACUGAUAGAUUCAAUAAAAUUCUGGAUGACAUCGGGCAUGGUGUUCACAGGCUUCCAAAUACAGUGGUGUACUUGUUGGUUCCAGGUCUUUUCAGUAAUCAUGGACCUCUAUAUUUUGUGGAUACAAAAACGAAAUUCUCAAAGAUGGGUUUGGCCUGUCAUAUUGCGAAGAUUCACAGUGAGUCUUCGGUUGAGAAAAAUGCGAGAGAGAUAAAGGAAUACAUAGAGGAACUCUGUUGGGGAUCUAAUAAAAAGGUUCUGCUCCUUGGGCAUAGCAAAGGAGGUAUAGAUGCAGCUGCUGCUUUGUCUCUAUACUGGCCUGAUCUAAAGGAUAAGGUCGCUGGGUUGGUAUUGGCACAAAGUCCAUAUGGUGGAAGCCCAAUAGCUACAGAUAUCCUCCGUGAAGGACAACUUGGAGAUUAUGUCAAUUUGAGAAAGCUCAUGGAGAUUCUGAUAUCCAAAGUUAUAAAGGGUGAUAUUCAAGCUUUGGAAGAUUUAACAUACGAAAGAAGAAAAGAGUUCUUGAAGAAUCACCCGCUUCCCCGAGAACUCCCCACGGUUUCAUUCCGCACAGAAGCGAGCAUAAGCCCAGCGGUUCUGGCCACUUUAUCACACGUGGCGCACGCUGAACUACCUCUCACAAACCAAGCCACAAAACUCCCAGUGGUAAUGCCACUCGGUGCUGCAAUGGCUGCUUGCGCUCAGCUGCUUCAAGUCAGAUACGGUGAAAAGAGUGAUGGGCUCGUGACUUGCUGCGACGCAGAGGUUCCUGGUUCCGUGGUGGUUAGACCCAAGCGUAAACUAGACCAUGCCUGGAUGGUUUACUCUUCCUUGAACGAGGUUCCUUUAGAAGCCGAUGCUGCUCAAGUUUGCGAAGCUCUCUUGACUUUGCUUGUUCAAGUUGAGGAAGAGAAGCAACGUAAAAUGGCCUCGAAAAACGAUUGAUAUAACAACGUUCUUCCAACACUCAAAAACAAGAUGAUGAUAUUUCUACUUUCGUCUUGAUACUUAAAAUUGUUUUCUUUUAUAAGACUACUGUAAUUUGGUUUUUUUGAAUCAUCCAUCUACAGUUCACACUA